AUGGGCAUGACACACAAGGAAUAUCUCAGCGGCCAGCGCAUCUUUGGUUGUAAGGACUGCAAGACUCACCUGACCACGAUCGAGAAUCUGGUCAGCCGCGCGUUCAACGGGCAGCAUGGUCGAGCCUACCUCUUCGAUUCGGUCACCAACAUCAAUCUAGGCAAGGCAGAGGAUCGCCACAUGACGACGGGGCUACACACGGUGCGAGAUAUCGCCUGCGUCAAAUGCAAGACUACGCUCGGGUGGAAGUACGACAAGGCGUACGUGGCUGCCGAGAAGUACAAGGAGGGCAAAUUCAUCCUCGAGAAGGAGCUUACGGUCGACGUUCACUAG